UCCGAAGCAUCUCUAUCCAGCCUCUUAGUCCGGCUCAUUUCAAUGUCCCACCAUUGAUGUUGAUGAAACACUGGCAUAUGAGACAUAAAGGAAGCAAUCAUAUAUAAAUUUCAACUCUGUUUUAAAAAAAAUUGGGUUCUUUUCUAACAUAUUUGCAUGGCUAUGAAUUAUUGUGGACUUGUGGGGUUUCUUUCUUUUUCAAGUUUCGCCCUUACCUUUGAUGCUUGACUAGACAUAAAUGGAAACUAUGUCUAGAGAUCACUAGACUUGGAUUAGUAUCGGUUUUCAACUUAUGCAGAUAUGGACCCAACAAAAGAAUCAGCCAAGCAAUCGAACUUGAUUCCACCAUUGCCAAGGGACUCUAGAGGCUCACUUGAAGUGUUUAAUCCAUCCACUUUCUCAACCCGACCCAUUAACCCCGUAUUUCGCUCGCAAUCACCAUGGCAUCAAAACUUGAAAGAGCUUGGUGGUACUGAUAGCCAAAAAGAAGAUGACCAUUCCGAGCUAGCAUCCAAGUCGGGUCGGGUUGAAGAAAAAAAAUGGAUGGCACUCAAGGAACUACCUGAUCCAUAUCCACCAUCACCAUCACCACUUUUUCAUGAGAUCACUGCCGAUAAUGACCAACGUCGCGGCGAAUCCGUCAGUCCGAAGCCUUCGGAGGAAUCUGGAGAGGCUGCAAAGAGAGCCGCCGGAUGGGGGCUAGUACUGAAAACCGAUGAUGAAACUGGCAAACCGCAAGGAGUGGUUGUUAGGAAUUCGGGUGGGGAUGCCCCGCAUAUCAAACCCGGUACUUCCUGUAGGAACUCGAAUAAUUCUCUCCGGAGCUCCGACGAAUUUUCAGAUAAUGAAUUCAGCAAAGACAGAGGGUUCCCUAGAGUGUCCGAGGACUUAAAGGAUGCCUUGUCAACGUUUCAACAAACUUUUGUUGUUUCGGAUGCUACCAAACCCGAUUACCCGGUUUUGUAUGCAAGUGCCGGGUUUUUUAAGAUGACCGGAUACACUUCUGGAGAGGUCAUAGGCAAGAAUUGUCGGUUUUUACAGGGUGAGGGUACGGAUCCGGAAGAUGUGGAGAGGAUUAGGCAGGCAUUGCAGGCAGGGGAAAAUUAUUGUGGGAGAUUGUUGAACUACAAGAAAGAUGGGACUCCUUUUUGGAAUCUUCUCACUAUAGCACCCAUUAAGGACGAAAAUGGAAAAGUCUUAAAAUUUAUUGGAAUGCAAGUAGAGGUAAGCAAGCAUACAGAAGGGGCCAAGGAAAAGACGAUGCGCCCCAAUGGGUUGCCCGAGUCUUUGAUUCGAUACGAUGCCCGGCAAAAGGACAUGGCUGCCGGUUCAGUUACAGAACUUGUGGAAGCUGUUAGGAAACCUCGUUCCCUUAGUGAAUCAUCAAAUAACCCUUUCAUUAGAAAAUCCGGUGUUAGUGGAGAUGAAGAAGGAACGGGAGCUAUGACAAGGCGAAGUUCAGAAAGUGCAGGAAGAAACUCAAGUGGGGGUGUUAGAAUCUCAAUGGAACGUAUCAGUGAGGUGCCGGAAAAGAAACCCCGAAGAUCUAGCCGCCUUUCAUUCAUGGGGCUUAGGAGGAAAAGUCAGUCUGCUGCUAACAGCUUUGAUAAUAGUCUGCUGAUGGAUGCCGAUGAGGAUGAACGUGAUGAGGAUGAGAGGCCAGACAGUGUUGACUAUAAAAAUAGACACAAGGAAAUGAGAAAGGGUAUUGAUCUUGCCACCACACUUGAACGUAUAGAGAAAAACUUUGUCAUUACUGAUCCAAGGCUGCCUGAUAAUCCCAUUAUCUUUGCAUCUGAUAGCUUCUUGGAGCUGACAGAGUACAGUCGUGAAGAAAUCUUAGGCAGAAACUGCAGGUUUCUCCAAGGCCCUGAAACUGAUCCAGCUACUGUGAGGAAGAUUCGAGAGGCCAUUGAUAACCAAACAGAAGUAACUGUGCAGCUCAUCAACUACACAAAGAGUGGCAAGAAGUUCUGGAACCUGUUUCAUCUGCAGCCUAUGCGUGACCAGAAGGGUGAAGUCCAGUAUUUCAUUGGAGUGCAGCUAGAUGGCAGUGCCAGAGUUGACCCACUUUGUAAUUGUAUUCCAGAUAUUGCUGCACAAGAGAGUGAACAACUGGUGAAACAAACUGCAGAAAAUGUCGAGAGGGAACUUCCAGAUGCCAAUUUGAAUCCCAAAGAUCUAUGGAUGAAUCAUUCCAAGGUGGUUCACCCUAAACCUCACAGGAAGGAUAGUCCCUCUUGGAAUGCUAUUCAAAAGAUUCUUGACAGUGGAGAAAGGAUAGGCCUAAAACAUUUCAGGCCAGUAAAACCACUGGGAACAGGUGACACUGGCAGUGUACAUUUGGUGGAACUAUGUGGGACUGGCCUGUACUUUGCGAUGAAAGCUAUGGAUAAAGGCAUUAUGCUCAACCGGAACAAGGUGCAUAGAGCUUGUGCAGAAAGAGAGAUUCUUGACAUGUUGGACCAUCCUUUUCUUCCAGCAUUGUAUGCAUCAUUUCAGACCAAAACACAUAUUUGUCUGAUUAUGGAUUACUGUCCUGGCGGAGAACUUUUCAUGCUUUUGGACAGACAACCGAUGAAGGUCAUGAAGGAAGAUGCUGUAAGAUUUUAUGCUGCGGAGGUUGUUGUUGCAUUGGAGUACCUUCACUGUCAAGGAAUUAUAUACAGAGAUUUAAAGCCUGAAAAUGUUCUUCUCCAGGACAAUGGACAUGUUGCCUUGACCGAUUUUGACUUAUCUUGCCUGACAUCUUGCAAACCCCAGCUGCUGAUUCCAGCAGCAGAUGAAAAGAUAAAACGCCAGAAAGGUCAGCCAAAACCAGUAUUUAUGGCAGAACCUAUGCGUGCAUCGAAUUCUUUUGUGGGGACUGAAGAGUAUAUUGCCCCGGAAAUUAUCACUGGUGCAGGCCAUACCAGUGCAGUGGACUGGUGGGCACUUGGCAUUCUUGUCUAUGAAAUGUUGUAUGGAUAUUCACCAUUCAGGGGAAGGACAAGACAGAAGACUUUUGCCAAUGUUCUUCGAAAAGAUCUUAAAUUUCCAAGAAGCACACAAGUAAGUCUGCAUGCAAAGCAGUUAAUAUUUCGAUUAUUAGGUAGAGAUCCGAAAAGCAGAUUAGGUUGGCGUGAAGGUGCGAAUGAAAUCAAGCGACACCCGUUCUUCAAAGGUGUAAAUUGGGCUCUUGUGCGCUGCAUGAAUCCGCCUCAGCUUGAUGUUCCUGGAGCUCUCAAGGAAGAUCAACUUUCACACCUUCAACUACAAGAUUUACAGACAAAUAUUUUCUGAGAUUGAUUGGCUUGCAGCUGCAUGUAUAUUUUGUGUUAUUCUACAAGUAUAGAUUUUUUUUAAUCACUCAAACUAUAAAAAUAUAUUAAUUAGUGUUCACACUUCAGAAGCUUUGAAUAAGAUAAUAUUUAUAACAA